UUUAACAAGCACCCUUUCAACCAAUCAAGAUUUUUCUUAAGAUCUAAUAGUCUAAAAUGAAAGAUUAGUUAAUUUGUAUUUAGUUUUUCUAGUCAUCCAAUUAGAGCGUUCCACCUAGCAUACUUUCUCUUGUUUUUCAAUUCUUGUAUCAUUUGUAAUAGACCCGUAUUUCUUUCGUUUCAACUCUUAAAUAUUUUAUGCUGAAAAAUCCAAUUUUAUUAUGUGAUUAAAACAAUGAAAAUGGUAGACAUAUACCAAAUGGGAAUGGAAACAUAACAAUAAGUCGUUUGGUUUUUUUGUGAUUGUUGGUCGGAGAUUGUUACAAACUUACAAUGGUUGUAUUGUUUACAAUUCAUCGUGAUUUUUAUACACAGAUAAUACAUAUAUUAUUUGCUUGAUCUGACAGAAACAAUUAUUCAUAAUGAAUGAUUGUAUAAUCUUAGUUUUUAGCUCAGAUUUUUUUUCCUUUUUUUCUUCCAACUUUAACCUUUAGAAAUUAAUUUUUGCAUUGACAACGAGUGAUACAAAUGACAUUUUAGUUAAAAAGUUACCUUUUCUUUUAACUAUUGAAAAUAUAAUCACAAAUAACAAACGUUAUAAUCUACAAUACACAUAUAAUACAUGUAUUGUUCAUAAUACAUCAAUUUAACAAUCGAAAAAAUCAAAAGGAACGACAAACCUUCCCAUGCAUUAUUGGUUGCUUACUGUUCUUUAUGAUAGAAUUUUUUGUGGCACAUAAUCGUACACUUCCUGUUCCAGCUGGAAUACAUCAUAUGCAUUAUUGUUCCAUUUUUGUUUUGGGUUAAUUGUAUGGUUGGUCACUGAGAUUACAAAAAACGUUCAUGUUUGGUCACUGGAAAUAUUUAAAUCCAACCUUGGUCACUCAAAUUAGUUAAAUGGUUCAAAUUUGGUCACUCUCCGUCCAACUCCGUUAAAUUUGUCUGAUGUGGCAGUCAACCCUCAAAGUUGACCGUUAACUCGGUGACAUGGCAAUUAAAAAAUAAUAAAUAAAAUAAAUUUUAAUCAUCUACCAUUUCCAACUCAUUUUCACAAUAAAAUAAAAUAAAAAUUAUUAUAAUCACAAAUCGGGCUCGGCCUUGUCGACGUUCUUUUCUCCGAUCCCCUGAAACCUCCAUUAAUGAAGCGCCAGUACGAUUACUCCAUGGUCCCUCCAAUCUAUACAGAAAGUUCGCAGCUUUCGUUUUGCCAGAGUAAACCCCAAAAAACAGAGUGUACCGAGUGAAAGCCUUACUCUGUUUUUUUUUUACAUUUUUUUGUUUACAAACAGAGCAAUGUCGAGCUCAUCAAUUACCUUCUCCUCAUUUGCCGUUGUGGGUUUGAUCCUCCUCUUCGCCGCCGGACCCGCUUCCGCCCGGAUUCAAAUCCCGGCGAACGAAUCCGUGCCGGCGGCUUUAGUGUUCGGCGAUUCAAUCGUCGAUACGGGGAACAACAACAAGAUCCUUACUUCCCCUGCCAAGUUCCCUUUGGUCAUCAUAUUCCUUCUGAUCAUCUUAUACGCCGUACCUGCCAGUGCAGCCAUUCUGGCGCUAGAAAUCAUCACUUGAUAUCAUGGUAUUUGCCAGCUACUUCAUAAUUCGAUGACUUUACGAGGCUCAAAUGUGGAUCGCCAUUGUGUAUCUAUGUAGAUUAUAUAUGAGCUUUUGUAAUGAAUCUCUUCUGCUUGCUCCCCAUUGGUAUAGGGUGUAUGUUGGCAGCAGAGGUACUGGAGGCAGAAGCCAUCUUCUGCACUGUACUGGUUUCUGGUCAUUUAGAGAGAUCUCUUUAUGUAAGACAAGUUUGUGGUGAUAGUGGAUUAGGGAAAUUGGUUUCGCAUAUAUGUGUAAUUAAAUGCUACCAUGCUAGUGCAGUCAGCUUCAGAAUCAGUGGUUUCUCUGUUAUACUCAUCAUUGCUUGGCCUGCUUCCUUUUUCACCAUUGUAGUCUGACGCUGUCGAAUAGCCUACCGUUACGAUCCUGCCUUCGCCUCCUUCAACUUCAAGAAUGAAACCGUCGAAGAUGCGGGGAUGAUGAGCCCGACUUCCAUCCUAGACAGCAAGUCCUUCUCCUGCCUAACAAAACCCAUUCUCCCCUGAACUCGCUUCUCCCGCCGCCGUCGACGCUCCCAAGCAGAGCCAGUACUAGGAAAACCUCGAUUCCCCUAAAACCUCAAUUUGUGAUUAUAAUAAUUUUUUAUUUUUUAUUUUACUUUAUUGUGAAAAUGAGUUGGAAAUGGUAGAAGAUUAAAAUUUAUUUUAUUUAUUAUUUUUUAAUUGCCACGUCACCGAGUUAACGGUCAACUUUGAGGGUUGACUGCCAUAUCAGAAAAAUUUAACGAAGUUGGACGGAGAGUGACCAAAUUUGAACCAUUUAACUAAUUUGAGUGACCAAGGUUGGAUUUAAAUAUUUCCAGUGACCAAACAUGAACGUUUUUUGUAAUCUCAGUGACCAACCAUACAAUUAACCCUUUUUGUUUUUGUAGAAACUGUUCCAAUUCUUUUGUGUCGCCUCUUAAUUGGACCCACUUUCUUGGUCGUUUAUUAGCAGCAGAUUCUUUCGACAAACGAUUUCCGCAACACCACAUUCUGCCUAGAUCUUACAUCCAUGCUCAGCUGGCAAGUGGAGAACCGUCCAGACGUGUUAAGCAAAAGUAUACACCCCGGGCAUCGAGCCGGGUUGUUCAAGAGUUAGCACGACACGAGCAUGAGAUAUAUAAGUCAGUUCGGUUCGAACACGAAUAUUUAAUAGGUGUUGUGCCUAAAUUUUAUGGACAUGAACACGAAUACAGAUACAACAUAGUCUAUAAAUAAGUCGUGUCUGGCCUGAUGCUUUUGAGAUUCUAUCGAGUAUAAGUACGAAUUGACACGUAUAAGUACUUCUUUGAUAGAAAAUAAAUAUAAAAAAUUAUAAGUUCAAAUGUUAGAAGUGGCCGUACAGAUAUUUAUGUAUUUACUACAGUAAUUGGAAAAAGUAGAAGAAUUUAAAAAAAAGUCGGAUCAUGCACACUGGAUAUACUUCCGGUUAGGAAUGACAAUGGGGCAGGUUCGGGGCGGAUAUCACGAUACCCAUACCAGCCGCAUGACAGGUCAGGUAAAUUAUCAUGGAUCGCAAGUCGGGGCAGUUCGACCCAAUGGGUUUUUCACUAAUUUACAACUUUGUUAUGGUUAAGGUAUUAUAUAAUAAUAGAAAAAUCCUAAGUAAUUUAACUAAGAUCACAUGUAAUUUAGACAAGAAUGGGUCGAGAAUGGGGCGGGUCGUGUCAAUGAGAAUACUCAUGCCUGCCUCACCGCAUAACAGGCCAAACAGGUCGAUCGGGUAAAAUAGGUCAGGUCGAAAUUGUCAUCCCUACUUCCGGUGUCCUUCCUCCUAAUUUGUCACUUUAAAAAAAUCAAUUAAUAAUUUCAUUCCCCAUCCAAUUUUUUCUUUCUUUUUCAUUUUCUCUGUUAUUUUCAUCAUACACGAAUAUAUGCACGACACAAGUCAGAGUACACACGAACGAUUCAAAUCAUGCCCGAGCUCUUACCAGGUCCGACAAAUUUAAAAAAUGAACUGACACAACAAAAAGACUGACAACCUUACAAAACACAUUACAAAAUAAACGACCUCGAAACGUGCUUGUACCGUGCCGACCAAGCACGGCUGAAGGCUAAGUACAUGCAAAACCUUGCAGAUUGUUUCCAACUAUUAUACGAAGCGCUAGCUGCGUAGCUCCCAGUUACUCUAUUAUUAUUCACAUAGUUUUUGGCAAGAAUUCAUCUACACAAUAAAUAGAGAUAAGAUCCUAUCAAGUCUAAUUUAUAAUCACAUGGUUUGCUGAUACCCGAUAAAAAUCUCAAUCCAAACUAGUUUGGCAGGUGAGUUUGUGUUUACCACCAUUUUCUAGGGAUACAGGAACGGUGGUUAAUUCCUAUCCCAAAUCGUGUUGUUCAUUCUUGAUUUCUUUAGAUUUUUAUCAUGGCUUGGCAAAAAAAAACCAGAAAGCGCAAUGAUGAAAAUAUGAAAGUUUUAUAAAGCAAAUUAAUCUGCCAACGGGCCGAGUAAAAGCUAGCAACGAUUGUGAGAUGUUCAUUUCCCGAAAACCGGCGGGAUAGACGAUUUUUUAUUCGAUUUUCUGGAAUUCGGUUUCUAUAAAACUUACUCCACCUCAUCAUAUUACCAGAAACAAUGUUGUUUCACAAGGUAACAUGUACUUGAUUUUGGUUCAUAAGGCUGAUUUUUGAUUCGAUGCAUCAUUUAUUUAUUUUUCCUACUAAAAUUCACUAUUUUUAUCACGUGUUUCCAAAAAAAAACUAUACAAUAAGCUAUACACCCCAUUAUAUUAUCAAAUUUCAUAACUACCUUCCUGCGACCAAAUGACCGGGGCCACACUAGUUUGCUUUAAUAGAACAAAAUUCUUUGUGUUUUUUAUGAUUAGACACAAAGUAGGGAAAGCAGAGCUACUGAGUUAGUGACCAUAAGUCCAUAACGAUAUGAUAUCUGGCGAGAAAUCACGAGAAACAGAGCCGGCCCUCGACAUGUGGGUGCAGGCCCGCCUCCAAUGGCGGAGGCCGGAUUUAAAAUUACCUAUGUUCUCUUUCAAAACAUAAAUAUUUAAUUAAUAU